CCCCGCGGCGUUUGCAGGAACGCCAAGAAGGAGGCGGACCUCCUGGCGGCCCAGGCGCGCCUCAAGGACCUGGAGGCUCUGCUCAACUCCAAGGAGGCCGCGCUGUCCACGGCGCUGGGUGAGAAGAGGAACCUGGAGAACGAAGUGCGGGACCUGAGGGCGCAGGUGGCCAAGCUGGACGGCGCGCUGGGCGAGGCCAAGAAGCAGCUGCAGGACGAGAUGCUGCGGCGCGUGGAUGCCGAGAACCGCCUGCAGACCCUGAAGGAGGAGCUGGAGUUCCAGAAGAACAUCUACAGCGAGGAGCUGCGGGAGACCAAGCGGCGGCACGAGACGCGGCUGGUGGAGAUCGACAACGGGAGGCAGCAGGAGUUCGAGAGCAAAUUGGCCGAGGCGCUGCAGGACCUGCGGCGGCAGCACGAGAAUCAGAUCCGGCACUACCGCGAUGAGCUGGAGAAAACCUACGGCGCCAAACUGGAGAACGCCAAGCAGUCGGCGGAGCGGAACAGCAGCCUGGCGGGCGCCGCACACGAGGAGCUGCAGCAGACGCGCGUCCGCAUCGACAGCCUGAGCACCGAGCUCAGCCAGCUGCAGAAGCAGGUGGGAGCAGGGGGUCCUUUGCCCCCAGACCCAUGGAAACCCGGGGGG